GGGAUAUCACUCUAGUUUAUUGAACACCACUUGACGUUUUCGUCUAAGCCGCGCCGGCUAAGAAGUUAUGCCUCUCAAAAACGUCCCAAAAUGCCUAUCGCCCAAUCUUUUGCACGUAUUGGCAUCUAUGGGACAUGGAGAUGAAAUUGUGUUGGCUGAUGCCCAUUUCCCGUCCUCCUCCAUAUGCAAAGAUGGUCCGACAGAAGUUAGAGCGGAUGGAAUUGAUAUCCCUACUCUUCUAGAUGGGAUCCUACAGUUACUUCCCUUGGAUACGUAUGUUGAAUUUCCAGUAGCUCUAAUGGAUCCAGUCCAAAGUGACAAGGACAGCCACAUCCAGAUUCCAGUGUGGGACAAGUACAGGGAGAUUAUCAAUAAACAGGAGGGGCCACACGUGAGUUACUGCUGCCACAUCUUGUUUCAGAUUUGGGAUCUUGAUCUCAGUGUAGGCCAUUACUGCUUCCACAUUUCCCCCUUUAAAAAAAAUAUGUAUCAACUCCAUAUCAAUAGUCACUGGAGAUCAAAACCCCACACCAGAACUGAUCCAGCCAAAAAAACCCACACCAGAACUGAUCCACAAAAAAACCCUACACCAGAACUGAUAUGCAAAAAAACCCCAACCCUACACCAGAGCAGAUACAUGUAUGCUAAAAAACCUACCCCAGAACUGACCUGCAAAAAACCCCUACAGUAGAAUUGAUCUGCAAAAAACCCUACACCAGAACUGAUCUGCAAAAAAUCCUACACCAGAACUGAUCCGCAAAAAAAAAAACAAACCAAAAAAAAACUAACAG